GAUUGAAACAAAUCUAGCACAACAAGGAAGAGAGAGGAACCGAGAUCCCACCAUUGUGGUCUGCCUGCUAAGGCACAGCAACAGUUAGGCGUUGGAAUCAGAACAGUCGCGGAGCUCGGAGGAGAGGAAGGGGCCGGGAGGAGCUGCUCUGCUGCUACUGCGGCUCUCCCCGCGCCGCUGGCAUGGGCACCGGGAGCAGCAGGGCAAGGAAGACACGGAGCUGCAGCUGUAGCCCGCCGAGGCCCUGGAGAAGAAGUCCUCGAUGGGGCAGCGGGAGCAGCAGCGCCCCCGCCGGCCAGGAAAAAGAGGCAGCCGCGCUUAGAGCCCCUUGCCACCAAGCCCCAGAAGACACCUCUCUGCCGCCGCCGCCGCCAGGGGAGCCAGACUCGGUCUUGGAGGAGCUAGUGGACCAAUUGCUGGAGGAAUGUAGGGACGAGGGGCUGCCCCGGCUGUCUCUCGCCGCGUCCCGCCACCCCGCGCGCCUUGCCGGAGAUUGCCGCCCCAGUCUGGCAGGGGGCCCGGGUGCAGGAGACGGAGUCCACAGGGAUCAGCAGGACUCAUUCACAAGAUCCACACCAGAGAGCAGUAACUUUGCUAACCAGCUCCCACUCAAGAAGCCUGAGCGGCAGGCCAAAAUAGCCUACGAUUACUCUGAGGAGGAGCUGAUGGCAACCAUUGAGCAAGAGUACUGCCGCUGAAACCAGUCGCAGCUGUCCCAACAGAAGUGUAAACAAGCUCACUUGGGUGCAAGAUAGUUAAACUGCUGUAUUGCUCUGUAAUUUGUCAACUCUGAAAUUUUACUCCUCAUCCAAGGCUAGCUGGAAAUUUGCAAAGCUCACACAGGCCUCUGUGAAAUUGCAAAGACCUAUGUGUUGCCAUUUCCAUUGGGUAUGUUCCGAGAGAGAUCAGUGUGCCGCUUCCAACUGGCCCCAAUACACCCUGGAUCACCCUGAGCCUUCUACACUCGGCCUCUUGGUGCUUAUCCUGCCUUCCUAGUACCAGGCCCUGAUAGUCUUAUCCGUGGUCCAGCUUGUGUGAGUUAGGCUGAAGUGCUUCCUGCCAUUCCAGCCUCCGAUUCCACUGAUGCUGCCAGAGAAUUGCUGCCAUCUAGUCUGUACCAGCAUUUCAUCACACAAAUAUGGUCUCUGGUGUUACCAAGGACAGCUCUACAAUGGUCUCAUGAAGAACAAAAUUGACUAGGGAAACCAUCUUAGUCUUUCACAUUUCUUGCUGUCAAGACCACUUCCUUGCAAUGAGAGUUAAUGCUGUUAAGGAGCAGCAGCUUUCAAAUCAGUAGUGCACUUUUAGUAUUUGAGAGAAAUCCAUGGGUAAAUCUCCAGUACUUCAGUGAAAUUAUCCUUCCUUUUGUUUAUCAUAGAGGACUCAAUAUAUCCAGACUUAUAAAGAAGUCCAAUACUCACAGUGUAACAUUAUGCUCUCUCCUUCUGGUUUCUGCUUCGAACUGUUGCUGGUGCAAGAUAUAAUUUAUAUAGUUGUUCAAAGGGGGGGGGCGGGGAAUCAACCUGUGGCACACACAUGCAAGAGGAAAUCUGAUGGGAUUAGACAAGUCUAAAAUACAAACACUAAUAGAGAUAUUAGCAUAUCAUUUAAAUGAUUUGUAUUCACAGUACAACUCACUCAGAGACCAUAUGACCAUACUGUGUAGGUUUUAACUUUGGACAGUACUUUACUUCCUGUUCUGCUUUUAAUAUUUAUACAAGUUGUGCAACCUUAAUAAAACAAAAAUUAAGUGUU